AUGACUGCUGAAGAGCUUUUGAGAUUAGAUGAAGUUAGAAGAUCUCUUAAAAUAAGAACGAAAAAAAAAGAAAAAGAAAAAUUACCCAGUGGCAUAACUGCUGAUUAUAGUGAAAAUUUUUUUGCGGAUUUAGAGCGCCGUCCAGAAUUCAAUAGGUCAGGAAGUUUGCCUGGGCAUACCAAUGCUAAACAUUCGCAGUUUUUAAAUAGAGAAAUUUUAGCACUAAGUGACUCUAGUGAGACAAGUUUAAAUUCUCUUCAUAAUCAAGUAUCAAAAAAAGUUUUACCACCACUCCCACCUAGGCCUCCUAAAAGAGGAAUAUUAAAAGGAUCAAGAUCGAGUAUUAACAGUUCCGAUAUUUAUGAAAUUCAAGAUCCUAACAACAGUAGUGUAUUGGCUCGAAAUACAUUACAAAAUGAAGUUAUCACUUAUCAAAAUGUACCUCCUAAAAACUGUUUAUCUCAUUCAAAAAAUAAGUUAAAUGUGUCACCUGAACAUUUAAGAAAUCACACAGUGCUAGGUAACAAUCAUUUACAGAAUGAACAAAAUAAUUUACUCAGUGUUGCAUCAACAAGUCCGAGUGCUGAAAGUUUAACUGAUACUACAAACAGUAGUUUUGCUACACCUCCUUUUUCAUUAUCACCGACUGGAGAAAAUCAAGGUUUUGGUAAAAUUCAUUCCAAUAUAGACAGUAAAUAUGCUGAUUUACCACUGCCCGAUAUUAUUCCCAUACAGUUACCCAAACCUAGGGAUUUGACAAUACACAGAACUUCAAAAGGUGAUUUUGGAUUUCAAUUAAGAAGAGCCAUAAUCACUGAUAAAUUAAGUAGUGUUAAAAAAAAAACUGUAAUUUUUGCCGAACCUGGUGCGAUAAUAGAAAAUAAAAAUGAAACUGGUUUAUUGCCUGGAGAUAUUUUGUUAGAAGUAAACGGUAUUCAAGUUCAUGAUAAGUCAAGGGAAGAGAUUAUUGAUUUAAUAAAAAGUAGUGGCUCAAGUGUAUCAGUCAAGGUUCAACCCAUACCUGAAUUAUGCGAAUUGACUCGAAGAUCCGGUUUAGAUGGUCAUUACGUCGUAUUAAACGACAGCAAUAUAAGGGAUGGAACGUUGAAAAGAAGCGGAAGUUUCAUCGAUUAUUCCAAAUAA